GGCCUACGCAGGGCUAUAAAUAAAAAUGCUGUGAAUCGGGGGUUGGCAAACUGUACGAGAAAUCGUUAGAGACUUCAGCGGUGAAAGACGGAAUAAUCAUGAAAGUUUCUCUAAGUACAACUCUGGCUAUUGUGCUGAGCCUUGUGGCAACCACAUGUGCUACCGGUACUCUUACUCUGCAGACUAUUCCUGGAACAACUAUGCAGCAAACUUUCCAAGUUUCUAGCGGAAGUAUUGGUGGUACUGGUGGCACUAGUGGCACCACCACCUACCAAGUCCCUAUCGGUGAUGCGGCAUCAGCUAUUAUCAAUGGAUUGCCUACAAAGCCGGCUGGCACCUACAUUAUCAGCCAUUCAGGAACAACUGGAACAAGUGGUAGCAUCAGUUAUAAUUUGAAUGGUCUCACUAGUGGAUCAAGUGGACAAAUCAGUUCCACGAUUGGCGGUCUUACAGGUGGUGCCACUGGAACUCUGAAUGGUGUUGUGAAUGGUCUCACCGGAACCUUGAAUGGUCUGACAGGAACUAUGGGUGGUCUUACAGGAUCUCUAGGUGGUCUUACAGGAUCUCUGAAUGGUGUCACACAGACUGUCAGUGGUGCUACUAAUGGUCUCACUGGAACCUUGGGUGGUCUUACUGGAAACUUGGGUGGUCUUACAGGUGAUCUCACUGGUGCGCUCACUGCCGCUUUAAAUGGUGUCUCUGGCUCUUUGUCAGGAAGCACUCAAGCUACCGGCAACCCUACUACUAUCAAUUUAACCGUAAAUAACCACAAUACACAGGCUGUCCAACCUUCUGCACCUGUCCAACCUACUGCACCUGUUCAAACUGUUCAACCUGUUCAACCCGUACAACCUGUUCAACCCGUACAACCCGCUCAACCAUCUACACCCUAUAUCGCUACGGACAUUGACCCUACACCAAAACUGAAUUUUUUGAGACCUCCUAUUUACAAGCCCAUUAUGAAAGGCGCCAAGUCUGACUGGGCUAGAUUCCCUGAUGUAAAAAUUUUCCAAUAUUAG